UUACCGGCGGAUUAAUAGAGGCGGGCGUCCGCCGGUGUUGUGCAACGCUGACACCGUUUGACCGGAUUAUUACCGGCGGGUUCAUCAUGAGAACUCAUAUUUUUCCUUUCCUCAAUAUUUUACUUCCUCUUUCCUUCUCUUUCAUCCUCUCAACUUUCCAUCUCUCCCUAGUAGCUUCUUCUUCUUCAAAUCUCAUCCAAGGCACCUGCAAAAAGUGUUCCGACACCGACCCAAAUCUCAGUUACAACUUUUGCACAGUCUCCUUCGAGUCUUCUCCCGACGGUCGCCGGUGCGCCGAUCUCCGAGACUUGGGUCUCGUCUCGAUAAGAUUGACCAAAAACAACGUGACUUCUACUAGGCAUUUCAUAAAACACCUUCUCCACAAUGACAAUAAUAAGAAGAAAUUGGACCCUUAUGUGAAGGCUUGCUUGAGAGACUGUAUGGAGCUGUUUAAUGAUGCGGUGUUGACAAUCAAAGUGGCUGUGAAGGAUUACAAGGCGAAGCGAUACGAUGACGCGAAUAUAGGUUUGAGUUCGGUGAUUGACGCUUCAUCGACGUGUGAGGAUGGGUUUAAGGAGACCGAUGAAACCAAAAAGCACGUUGUUUCGCCUUUGUCGAAGAGAAUGGCAGGCCAGGGCCUCCAGGCGGAGGCGGAGGGCUGGGCAGGAGUGACGCCGGAGUGA